UCCAUUUGUUUAGGUCUCCUCAUUUUACUCUGACACUGUCCUAUCCUUUCUCUCUCCACACUCUUCAUUUCCACUGGUCACUGCCAGACCCAAUUAUACAAAAAUUAACACCCAAUGAAUACCGUCAGAUCAACAAUCAACAAUUCCAAGCGUCGUCUUCUCCGUUCAUGAUCCUUUUUUUUUUUCUCUUUUUUGAACCCAAUUCGAGAACAAUUUAUAAAAUUAAUCAACCAAUAAGAACAAAUGGAUGAACUACAAAUCCAGGUUGCUCAAGCAGUUAAUGUGUUAAACCAUGAUUUACAAUCUUGUAAUAGAGUAGCUGCUAAUCAAUGGCUGAUUCAGUUUCAGCAAUCUGAUGCUGCUUGGCAGGUUGCUACUUCUCUUCUCACUUCUUCUCAUCUUCCUCCGCGUUUCUCUGAUUAUGAAGUCGAAUUCUUUGCUGCCCAGAUUCUUAAACGCAAGAUAAACAAUGAAGCUUUGUACUUACAGUCGGAAGCAAAGGACACUCUUUUAAAUGCUCUUUUGGAAGCUGCUAGAAGAUUUAGUUCAGGACCUCCACAGCUAUUAACUCAGAUAUGUUUGGCACUUUCUGCACUUGUACUUCGUGCCGCUGAGUAUAGACAACCCAUUGAACAACUCUUCUACAGUCUUCAAAACUUUCAUACACAGGAAAACGGCAACCUUGCUGUAUUGGAAAUGCUGACUGUUUUGCCUGAAGAAGUCAUUGAAGAUCAAAGUACCGAUAUUAGCAUAAAUUCUGCUCAGAGGUCUCAGUAUACUCAAGAGCUUCUAUCACAUACUGCAAUGGUUCUUGAGUUUUUGAAGCAGCAAUCAGAAAAGCAUUAUGAAGAUGCCAAUCAGCUUCAUGAAAGAAAUCGGAAGAUAUUGCGGUGUUUACUCAGCUGGGUUCGAGCUGGAUGCUUUUCUGAGAUUUCUCCCGGCUCAUUGCGUUCUCAUCCUCUCCUGAAUUUUGUAUUCAACUCCUUGCAGGUUUCAUCAUCCUUUGAUUUGGCUGUUGAAGUUCUUGUUGAGCUUGUGAGUCGCCAUGAGGAGAUACCUCAGGUUUUAUUAUGUAGAGUCCAGUUUUUAAAGGAUAUUCUACUUCUUCCAGCCCUUGGCAAAAGUGAUGAGAAAACAGUCAGUGGAAUAGCUUGCCUGUUGUCAGAAAUUGGUCAAGCUGCACCAUCUUUGGUUGUAGAAGCAAGUUCAGAAGCUCUGAUCUUGGCAGAUGCACUAUUGAGAUGUGUGAAAUUUCCUAGUGCAGAUUGGGAUAUUGCAGAUUCAACAUUGCAGUUCUGGGGUAGCCUUGCCAGUUACAUACUUGGUCUCACUACAAAUGAUCAGAAUAGAAGGGAACAUAUAGAGAAGAUGUUUUUACCUGUGUUCUCCACCUUACUUGAUGCCCUACUGCAGCGCAUUCAGGUUGAUAGAUCAACUUAUGAUGGAGGGGGAAGUGAAUUGCCUGAUGGCCUUGCAAAUUUCAGGAUGAACUUGGGUGAACUACUCAUGGAUAUUUGUCACUUUUUGGGAUCUGCUGCAUAUAUACAGAAGGUUUGCCUGGGCAGUUGGAUAGUAAACAUGCCAAUUCCAUGGAGUGAGAUGGAAGCCAAAAUGUUUGCACUUAAUGCUGCUUCUGAAGUGGUCAUACAGGAGAGUCAAAAAAUCGAUUUUUCGAUAAUUAUGCAUUUGGUUACAAUUUUAUCCAGCAAUUCAUCCAACGAACCCAAAGGAUUCAUGUGUAUUGUGUACAGAUCACUUGCUGAUGUUAUAGGAUCUUAUUCAAAGUGGAUAUGUGCUCUUCAAACAAAUGCUAGACCUCUUCUAUUAUUUCUUGCUGCGGGUAUCUCACAGCCUCUCUCUGCUAGUUCAUGUGCAUCCACCUUGCGUAAAAUAUGUGAAGAUGCCUCUUCAAUAAUGUUUGAUCCCUCAAAUUUGGAAAUUUUGAUUUGGAUUGGAGAGGGUCUAGAAAAGCAACUUUUGCCACUAGAAGACGAAGAAGAAGUUGUUGGUGCAAUUGCUCUUGUUGUUGGCUUUCUUCCUCGCAAUGAGCUGAAAAACAACUUUUUGACUAGAUUGCUUUCAUCCAGCUAUAAUGUCAUCGGGCAACUUAGUAAUGAUGUGGAGCAUAGUUUGAGGCAAAAUCCUACUGCUUAUACACAAAUGUUGAAUUCAGCUGCUCGAGGGUUGCACAGGAUAGGAACAGUGCUUAAUCAUCUGGCUCCGCCCUUGUCUGCUGGCUCUGCCGCAGAUGACCCACUUUGUGUUGUGCUAAGCAUAUUUUGGCCUAUGAUCGAGAAACUUUUUAAAUCAAAAUACAUGGAAAAUAAUAGCUUAUCAACAGCUGCUUGCCGGGCUCUUUCACAAGCUAUUCAUUCAUCAGGUGAACAUUUCACGGCGCUGUUGCCCACAGUUUUAGACUGCCUAUCUACAAACUUUGUCUCCUUCCAGGGUCACGAAUGUUACAUAAGAACAGCUUCCAUUAUCGUUGAAGAAUUUGGUCAUAGGGAGGAAUAUGGAACUCUAUUCAUCUGCACUUUUGAGAGAUUCACUAAUGCAGCAUCAGUUGCAGCUCUUAAUUCGUCAUACAUAUGUGAUCAAGAGCCUGAUUUGGUGGAGGCGUUUGUUGGUUUCACAUCUAGUUUUGUUCGUGUAUCCCCCAAGAAGGUAUUGGAGGCGUCUGGUACCCUACUAGAAGCAUCCCUACAAAAGGCAGCAAUAUUCUGCACAGCCAUGCAUCGUGGUGCUGCUCUUGCUGCUAUGUCAUAUGUGUCGUGUUUGUUGGAGGCAGCUUUAAUUUCCCUGUUAGAGUCAGUGACAAAUAUGUCCGAAGGAGCCUUCAGUUGUGUGGCUAUUCAAAUUAUAUCCAAUAGUGGUGAGGGACUUGUCUCAAAUGUGCUGUAUGCUCUGCUUGGGACCUCUGCAAUGUCAAGGGUACACAAAUCGGCGACAAUUUUGCAACAGUUGGCUGCUGUAUGUUGUUUGAGUGAGAAAACUUCUUGCUCCACAGUCCUUCGUUGGGAAUCCCUGCAUGGAUGGCUUCAUUCUGCGGUCCAUGGGCUGCCAGUCGAAUACCUGAAGAAGGGUGAAGCUGAAACUUUAGUCCCAAACUGGAUAAAGGCCCUAGCAGCUGCAGCUUCCGAUUAUCUUGAGAGUAAGACGUGCAACGGAAUCAAGACUGAAUGUGGCCAUAUGCAAGGUAAAGGAGGACGGGUUUUGAAACGCUUGGUGCGUGAAUUUGCUGACGGUCAUCGUAAUUUACCAAGUUUCACAUGAGAUUGCCGGUGAUUGAUUUUAUGGCGCGUGACACUGGGCAUGGCAUCCUGCACUAAGGUUUAUCCGUUCUGAUAACAGCCAUGUUUAGCAGCACCUGUACUUCAAAAUUCUUUUUGGAACGAAAUGAAGCGGCUAUCAUUCCUUUCAUCUUUGAAAAUCCCAAUAUUUGUACAGUGUUACAUCCCCAAUUUUGACGUGAUUUGGGUUCAAAAAACCAAAUUUUGAUACUCGAAUAUUCAACCCAGCAUCCCUCGUUUUACCCCGUAUAACAACAUUGAUUGGUAGACAAAGAAUAGUUAAGGGUGCAUAUAUUUGAUCACCCCGAACCCUACCCAUGGGGCUUUGUGAGGUGAGUUGUGAGAAUGCAUAAAAUAAGUACAAGUAGUUUGAGCCCUCCACAAAUGUAACUGUUCUAAAGUUAUCUGAGGGAGCACCCAAAUUCUGAGUUUUGAUUAAAGCGGACAAUUUGUAAUACUCCCUUCAAUUGUGAAUGCAUUGAACUUGUUCUCA